GUGACAGCAUAUUCUGGGAAAUGGAGAGUUGCCGUGCAGAGCAGAACUCAUGUCCGUCUACUUUGCUGUAGGAUAGGAGCCCUGUCUGAGUGCUUGCUUGGGAUGUGACAGUGCCAGUAUAUCAGCAGCACCUUGCCUGGCAUUCCUCUCAAGCAUGGGCAGUGUGACUAAAGGAAUGGAGAGAAAGCAAAAUAAUAUCUUUUCAGCCUUACUGUGCCUGUUCUCAGUGCUGUGCUGUACAGGACCAUUUUCUGUCACUGGAGAUCUUCUUCCUUCCCCAAAUAAUGUCACUUUGAGGUUUGAAAAUAUGUUUUCUCUGCGUUGGGAAUGGGAAAUGCCAGCUAAUUUCCAAAAAUGUUCAUGGUCGUUUAUCAGUGACGUUAAAACAAACAGAAAGCCACCGCCUGGAAUGGUCAAGAGCUCAAAUUUGUUUCGGCAAGUGGAUAUUCACAGAGUGGAUUUAAACAAUCAAAUUACAUUCAAUGUUCAAGCAGAAUGUAAUGGAACCAGCAGCAAAUGGUCAGAAAACUCUGUAUUGAUAAUACCAGGGAAUAACACCUGUGUAAAAAAUUUUGCUUGCUUUUGGUUCGAUGAGACGUACAUGAACUGCACGUGGGAACCUACUGUGGAUUCAGUGCGUGCUACAGAAUAUGUCUUGCAUUACUGGCGUAAAAAUGGCAGCUCUACUUCUGAAGGGAAAAUCAAUCGAUCUGUAAAGUUUGAUCAGUUAUGGUACAGCGGAACCCCUUGCCAGCAUUAUAUUUAUAAGGAUGGCAUUCCUCUUGGAUGUCAUUUCAAAACAGUUUCUGAAAAAAAUCUCUUUCUAAUGGUGAUCAGAGACAAAUCAAAGACAAUUCGUCCUUUUAUAACUAGUGUUAAACCAGAGGAAGUAGUAAAACUAAGUCCUCCAGUCAUCAUCAACAAAACAAGAACACCCAACCAUAGCAUAUAUGUGGAAUGGAGCACAUCAUUUCAGCCAUCUUGUCUUCACAUAAACAGUGAAAUUGAAAUUACAAGUUCAAAGGGUAAAGUUGAAACAGUAGAGGUACCUAAAUGCACCUUUACCAGAGAAUUAAAUGCUUUACCGGAGUUAACAUAUACAGUUAGAGUUCGUGUCAGACAAUCAUCUACAAUCUCUUCAAGUUUAUUUUGGAGUGAAUGGAGUGAAGCACACGACAUUAAAGGUACUGAAGAUAACACAACAUUUUAUUUUUUGCUAAUCCUUAUUCCAAUUUCAGUGUCGAUUGUGACAAUUGUCAUCCUUGUUUUCUUGAAAAGAUUACAGGUCAUUGUGUUUCCUCCUAUUCCUGACCCUGGAAAAGUAUUUAAAAAGAGUUUUGGCGACCCAAGUGAUUUGCAACAAUGGAUAAAGUAUGGAAAAGUCAAUGUCUCAAGUAAACCUGUCAAAGAAGAGAUCUGCUCUGUGAUUUUGGUGGAGACGCCAUUGUUUUCCAGCCAAGCAGAAUGAAAAUGAAUGUUUCUCUUUCCUUGAGGAUUCAAAUUGUAAAGAAGAGUUUCUGUUCUUGUCAAUGUUUUGCUCACAGAGACAGAAAAACACAAAUUGCAACUGAUCACUACCUGGAAAAAUGAUGCCUGCAUUUUGUUUGAUGGCAUGACAGACUACAGCAAUGCUUGGUAUUUUUCAUGGGAUGUGACUGCAAAAAUUGUGUCACACUUUUAUUGGAUUGGGUUAAAAACUCAAUAUCCCCAAAUUAAUAAUCAGAGCCUUCUCAACCACUACUAAAUUCAAAUGGAAUUGACCGCUGACAGAUAUCGAGUGACUGUCAAUGCAUCUCUUGCACAUGCCCAUAACUAUUCACAUUUUCUCAAUAGAUUUUGGGUGGGCAUAAGUCAAUAAGUACAAAGACUGGAAAUAAAAUCCUGUUUUUUAGAGUUAGAGGAAGAAAUCAAAGAUCCUUUUUAGUGAGAAAGCACUUUUUUUAAUAUAAGAAGUCAAUGCAAGCUAUGCCAAAAUGGCAGUUCUUCAUCCUUAAUCCAAUGUGUUAUUUAAAAGGGCUUAUUUUUGUUUACAGAUAUAACCAAAUCGAAAUAACAAUUGUUUAUUGUGUGGUAUGCUUGGAAACCUCACAUGAUACAAUCUAUAAGGGCCAACAUAUAUAAUGAGGUGCAAGUGUUCCAAUGAUAUCAGAAUUUGCAUCUCAUUAAUUACCAGCAAUUUCUAGCAUUUUUGUAGCUGUAACCCAAAAGCAGGUAACUGCUGUGAUGCAAUAAGUGAGCAGUCUUGGGUUGAUCCAGAGCUACAAAAAUGCACUUGUACUAAUACUUGUUUUGAACCAGACAGCCCCUUGAAAAACUGAGCUGUCCAGUUAAAAACUGGCCAUUCAAGCUGAAAAGUGCAAAAAGCACAGGUUUAUAUAGCAUAUUGUGACUAUUGUUUAGUGAUUAUGUGGUUCAUAUGUAUGUCAAACCAUUUUUUGACAUAAUCCAUUUCUUAGACUAUGGAUGUGUAGUGAUAAUACAAAGUCUCCAGUUACACCCAAAUUUCCUAACCAUGAAACAUUGGGGCUCAUUUAUAAACUUUGUGCAGCACAGAAUUAUUCACACAGUGAACAUAUUUGCCCUGCCUAUGUUUGUAUUUAUAUAGCUGGAAAAGACUGGUGCAUUUAAUAUGCAAAUAUCAUUGUGAACUUUUAUUUGCAGUGCUAAUGUCCUUAGAACUUAAAGGAAUAUGGCAUAAACACAGUUUGCACAUACAGUAUUUAUGCGCUCAACAUGGUAUAAAUUCAAAUUAAACUCGAUCAUUGCUGUAUUUAUAAAUUGA